AUGUGGAGAACUAUUGUUGCCAUCAUAAGAGCCAUCUCAAAAUCCACCAAACCUCCAACGCAAAGCACGACACCCAAUCCAAAGGAGGAAAAUAUCAUCCCUCUCCGAGCAUCCCUUCUGUCUCUCCUCUCCACCAUAAACUCUCCAACAAAAUUUACUUUGCAUCUGACUAAUUUCUCUGAAUCGUUAUUUUUUAUCAUCAAAUCUCUGGUUUCCGUUGAGUCUAUCAAGUAUUUGCUCUUCUUUGCAACAAAAAAAAAAAAAAAGGCAACUGCAGCACAAGCUGUGAUUGCAGCAAACACAUUUACAUGCGCAUUCCCUACACAAAAGAGCUGCUUCUUUUCCAGAAGAGUUCAGAAAGUUAAUCAACUCACAGUUAGAGCUUCCACUGAAGAAACUGACUGCAAUGUUGAAGAAUGUGCUCCUGACAAAGAGGUUGGAAAGGUCAGCGUGGAAUGGUUGGCUGGUGAGAAGACAAAAGUUUCUGGGACAUUUCCACCUCGCAAACGUGGUUGGACUGGAUAUGUUGAGAAGGACACCGCUGGCCAGACGAACAUAUAUUCUGUUGAGCCUGCAGUUUAUGUAGCAGAAAGUGUAAUAAGUUCAGGAAGUGCAGGGUCUUCAUCCAAUGGAGCGGAGAACACAGCAGCAAUCGCUGCUGGGCUUGCACUCAUCUCCGUUGCUGCAGCUUCAUCAAUACUCCUCCAAGUAGGUAAGAACCCACCUGCGGUGCAGAAGGUAGAAUACUCUGGGCCAUCACUUAGUUACUAUAUCAACAAGUUCAAGCGACAAGAGAUAAUCCAAGCCUCAGUGCCAAGUGUGGUUGAAUCUUCCCAGCUAGAAAGCUCUGCGCCAGAACCUUCCCAGAUUCAGGUUGAAUCAGAGGUUCAGCUGGAACCUUCUGCUAACCGUGUCGGCAAUAUCUCUUAGGCAGUAAACUUGGUGUAAUUUCUGAAGUGUAAAAUUUACUAAAAGUUUUUCUUGCACUCAAUGUAUCUGAUUAAUUAUUAGGAUGAAUGUGAUGAUACAUCUUCAACAACAAAAUUGUAUAUCACAAUACAGAAGAUGGAAACAUGAUUUUGUGA